AACGACUUCUCCUCCUGCAAGAGCACUCACUAGCUUCCGAGUUCAGUGCGUUUCAUUACUGAUCAAACGAAAUGCUUUCGAGUUUUGCUUCCACGAAAGCGUCCCGUGGUUCACAUGAUAUCAGGGUUGGUGAAAAUGUGUUGCAUGAAGAAGUCGCGGAAAACGUGUUUAAAGCUGUCAACCUGCACAGCGGCAAACAUCUGCUCUGUAAGGUUUUUCCCAUUAGUAGAUAUGCCCAGUCCCUGGCUGUGUACUCUCAUCUUCCUGUUCAGCCCAACCUACACCAUCCAUUUGAAAUCAUCCUUGGACACUCUACAGCUUACGUCUUCUUUGAACAUACGUACGGUAACGUGUACAGAUAUGUUCAGUCCUCAAAAGGCUUGUGUGAAGAUGAAGCUCUGAGGCUCUUUCAUCAGAUAGUCUCUGCUGUAGCACAUUGUCACAAUAACGGUGUGGUUCUGCAUAGUCUGAAAAUGAAGCAUUUUGCAUUUAAAAAUGAAGAGCGAACCCAGUUGGCACUGUGCACCCUUAAAGACAUAUAUAUGAUAGAAAAGGAUGAUACUGUAUCAGGCAAGCACAGCUGUCCAGUCUAUAUCAGUCCAGAGAGCCUACAGCCAGAGAGCUCAUACUCAGGAAAAGCAUCAAAUGUAUGGGCACUUGGAGUUAUAUUGUAUACUAUUCUGCUUGGAUGUUAUCCUUUCUCACACACAAAACUCAACGGUCUGUACAGUAAAAUCCAGAAGUGCAAAUUUAUUCUUCCAGAGCUUCUCUCACCUAAAGUCAGGUGUCUCAUAUGUAGCAUCCUUCGACUAGACCCUUCAGAGAGGCUAACUGCAGAGGAAAUUUUGUCCCAUCCUUGGUUUUCCUCUACCAGCUACUCACAGUAUAUGUGGAGGAAGAUGUUCUACAAAGAUGAAGAUCAAAAAGUUCCAUCUUUAUAGCAAAUUAGGAAAACCUGAUCUCAAUCACUGGAAGUGGCUAUACAUCUACACAGAUGAUACAUGCACAUUAGGAACUGCCUUAUUUGGCCUAUAGUGAAGACCCUUGUAUACAUGUCUUCUUAAUACAUAAUUUAGGUGAUUUAAAAUGCAAUUUUUAGCUACAUUUUUAUGUACAUUAAUUGGCCAUUUUAUCAGAUACAUGUACCAUAUAUGUCACUUUCUAGGUACAUUUACUGACUAUAGAUUAUCUGCUAUUAUACACAAUUUACCAGAUACUGUUCUAUCAAUGUAAAGAAACUACCACAGGAAUGCUCACCAGAUUUUAUUUGUCUGGUGUAUUAUUCUCAGUACCGCAGUGACAGUGACAUGUGUUGAACUGAUAUGAGUGUAUCAGCUGCAGCAGUGUUGCUGGGGUUAUAUUUUACAUAUUGUAUACAUUUCACUAGCCACUUUAUUAGACACACCUACCUUGGUGGUGCUAUAUAGUUAAUCCAAUUUUCUUUGCAGCACAUAUUAAAUAUUCUCCAGCCAUUUGUUCACAAGCUUGAUGUUUUUGGUUGGUGGACUAUUCUAAACCCAUUGGCACCAUUGAAGUGCCCCCCCUGUCCCUAAAAAAUAAAUAAAUAAAAAAACAGUGUUACUGCAAGACUGAGAAUGGUCACCCAUCCUAAUAUAUGUUAGUCCCUAUGGUGGUCCCUUUCCAUCGAUGGGUGAGGUUCAAUGGAAUCGUCACACUGUGCAUUAACAGAUGGGCUAGAGUCAGUAAGUGCCUACCAACAAAGGCAUUAAUAAGUCUAAUAAAAUGAUAUCUUAAUAAAGUAGUAAAUUUCUCUAUUUUACAACAUAAUCUGAAUAGCA